GGGCCUGCUGGGCUUGGGCGGGGCCACGCUGGGCCCCCCCCCCCGGACGCUGUGGACAGCAGGAGGCGUGGCGCCCCUGGCUCUCGCGGACACCCCCGCAGGGGCGCUCACCCCUCUGCCCCUGAGCCCCGCGAGCCUCAGGGGCCCCCACCUGCCCACGCGGAGCUCCGGCCCCUGCAGCUCCAGCCCUGCGCCCCUCGGCCCCUCGCCACCCCAGCGGACCCCUCACGGGAUCCCCGCCGCCGCCCGCCGCGCUCUCGCUCGGAAGCGCCACUUCCGCCAUGCCCCCGCUCGGGGACCUGGUGCGCGACUGGCACCGCGGCGCGCAGGCUGUGGCGCGUGGGGACUGGGGCUGCGCCCUGAGCCUCUUCUCGGACAUCCGGGAGUGCUUCAACAUGGGCUGCGUGCACCUGCUGGCUGGGCACCCGGACGCCGCACUGCAGGCAUUUGACCAAGCAGUGACAAAGGACACCUGCAUGGCUGUCGGCUUCUUCCAGCGGGGAGUGGCCAACUUCCAGCUGGACAGGCUCCAGGAGGCCCUGCCUGACUUCCGGCUGGCCCUGGCACAGCUGAGGCGUAGCCCUGCCACCGACUACACGCAGCUGGGCCUGCCAUUCAAGCUGCAGGCCUGGGAGCUGCUGUUUAACGUGGCAGCAGUGCAGUGCCAGCUGGGGCUCUGGGCCAAGGCCACCCACAGCCUCCAGGAAGCCAACUCCACGGGGCCGGAAGGGGCCCACAACUGCCUGGAUGCUGCCUGGGACCACGUGCCGGUGGUGGCCUCUGCUAUCCCUGAUGACCAGUACAAGGGGGUCCGACCUCAGCAGUCCCAGAUACUCAGCAUGGAACAAAUCGCCGGACAGGUCCCUCCAGGGCUGCUGGCAGCUGAGGACCCCGUGGGGGCUGGGGUGAGAGGCACCGUCCCUCAUACCAACCACUACCUUUACGCCUGGCCCCAGGGAGUGGCUUCGGGGGGCCCUGAGUCCUUAGUGCCCAUCACAGUGCAGUGCACCUUCACCCUGGCCCUGAAGGCCCAGAAAGGAGCUGACCUGUCCAGCCUGUGGGCCCUGCUGAGCCCGGCCCUGGCUCCCCAGGCCCAGUGUGGGCAGCUCAGUUACAGAGACGCUGGCGACAAUGGGCACUGGGUGCCUCUCUCUGGGGAGGGGGCACUACAGAGGGCCUGGCGGGACUCGGCAGCUGAACCCGAGGGGCUGCGGCUACCGUGUCGGGGAGUGGCUGGCCAGCCUGUCCUCUACCAGGUGGUGGCCCAGCACAGCUAUUCAGCCCAGGAGCCCGAGGACCUGGCCUUGAGGCGGGGGGACAUGGUGGACGUCCUGUGUGAAGGUAGAGAACCCUGGCCUCCCCCUGCAGUGUACCAGGCAUGGCUGGAGGGCCACCUGGACGGCCACGUCGGCAUUUUCCCCAAGUGCCCUGUGGUCCCAGCCAGCCAGCGUGUGUGAGGAGUCCCCGCC